GUCGCCAUGGCGGAGCCUUAAACAGGCGGCGGCAGCCGCCCCCGCCCGCCUCAGAGCGCGGCGCCGGGAGGUGAGCGAGUGACAGGGCGGUAACUGAGUGGCCCGGAGCGCCAUGGCUGAGAACGCUGAGAUGGCAUCCCUGGAAGAGAGCUUCCGCAAAUUCGCCAUCUACGGCGACACCAAAGCGACGGGGCAGGAGAUGAAUGGGAAGAACUGGGCUAAGCUGUGCAAAGACUGCAAAGUCACCGAUGGCAAAAGCGUCACCAGCACCGAUGUGGACAUUGUCUUCUCCAAGGUGAAAGGGAAGACAGCUCGUGUUAUCAACUACGAGGAGUUCAAGAAGGCGCUGGAGGAGCUGGCCCCCAAGAGGUUUAAGGACAAGAGCAAAGAGGAGGCGUAUGAAGCCAUCUGCCAGCUGGUGGCAGGGAAGGAGCCCAUUAACGUGGGCGUCACGAAAGCCAAGACCGUGGGAGCCGUGGAGAGGCUGACGGACACCUCCAAGUACACGGGCUCCCACAAGGAGCGCUUCGACGAGAGCGGCAAGGGCAAGGGCAAGAGCGGGCGGGAGAACAUCGUGGACACCAGCGGCUACGUCAGUGCCUACAAGAACGCGGGCACCUACGAUGCCAAAGUCAAAAAGUAGGGACGGGUGCCCGUGGCGCCACCGCCCCGGUCCCUGCGCGCCGGCCGUGGGCUCGGUGCACUGCCCUGGGACGUGCCCGCGGGAGGUGGGGCCCGGGAGGCUGCGCUGGGGCCAGCCCCAGGCUGGCGGGGUGUCGGCCGCCCAGCGCUGGGGGGACUGCGGGAGUCGCCGGGCCGCGGGCUCUGCCCCAGCGCUGCGUCCGUCCCACCCUGUGCUCUGAUCCCCCCGCCCCUCCUGCGUCCCCCGUGCUGUCACCCCCAGCCCCACACCGUACUAACAGCGCUGCUCCUCAGGGCUGCCCCGCCCCGCCGGCACCCAGACCUUCCCUACCUCAGCCCCGGCUUUCGGGGCACCCUCCCUUGUCCCACCGGGGACCGCAGCCUGUCCUCCCCUCACCUCCCGGGGACCUGCCUUAACCCCGCACCAGUUACACCACAGCCGCCUCCUUCCUUCCCCACCGAUGCCCUCACCUCGCGGCUGCCUGCCUUUGCCGCUUGCCCCGCCCCGCGGGAGGCUCAGACCCUGCUGUUUGUGCCGGAGCUGCCGGGAUGCUCCUGGCCCAGCCCCACGAUGCACCCCAGGAGAGCUUGGUCUUGCCUGGCCAUCGGCAAAGGUCUCCGACCUGAAUCCCCGUGGCCUCCUGCUGCCUCCGUGAAGCCCAAACCAAAGGAUGCUGCAGACCCACGCUGUAACCCGGCUCUGCAAUAAACCCCGUCCGCACUGA